AUGAUGCAUAGGAUGGUUACCACGUCUACUCUUGUCACGAGCAAUGAUGAGUUGGUAGGCUAUAGUGAGGGCCUAGAAUGCCUGCUCCUCCAGGGCUACUACCAAGCCAAUGCUGGUAACCUGCGCAAGGCAUGGAUCAGCUUCCGGCGGGCGAUGUGUCUUGGUCAACUGAUGGGCAUUGACCGUGGCCAAAAGAGAGCCUUCCGGUCCUGCAACCCCCAGACACCACCACAAGAACGACCGACGGCCGAGUUUCUCUGGUACCGCAUCAUCAACUCUGAUCGAUACCUCUCGCUCCUGCUCGGCUUGCAGCACGGUACGGACGACAACAGCUUCCUUUACAGCGUGGCUCAUUCGCGGGACACUCCGAUGGAACGCCUAGAGAAGAUCCACACCUAUCUAUCUGCGAAGAUCAUCGAGCGGAACCAAGCCAAGGGCAAACGAGCAUAUUCUUUGACACAGGAAAUAUGCUACGAGCUCGACGAGGCCGCGAAGACUAUGGGCGAGAGCUGGUGGGAGAUUCCGAAGAUGGAUCCAUUCGACAAGCCCGGCGAGAUAUACGAAUACACGGCCCAGAUGAUUCUCCAGAUUCAUCACUCGACGAUGCUUGUUCUGCUGCACUUGCCGUAUAUGCUACGCGAGCCGAACGAGAGCCGGUACGAUUUCAACAAAUGCACCGCCAUGAAAGCGUGUCGAGAUGUCCUCAAGAGGUUUAUCGUCUUCCGGUCAUUGAACGUCUCGGCAUUCUCCUGUCGCAGAGUUGACUACGCUGCACUGAUCGCAACCAUGACUCUUCUCCUUGGUUACCUCCGUCGACGAAAGGCUGAGCCUACCGGGCCUCUGUACGAGAAGAGAUGCCGGGAAGAUAGAGAACUCGUCGAAAAGACCAGAAAAAGGAUGGAACACAUUCAAAACCUGAACAAGGAUAAGCUCUCUGGUGAAUCCUGCGAGAUCAUCAAGCAGAUGUUGCCUAUCAUUAUCAAGGCUGGCACCGAGGAGGUCGUGUCCCUUGAGCAGGGACCAGCAGGGUGGGACGACGGUGUGCAUCUCAAUGUCCCUUUUCUUGGAACGAUCAACGUCUCCAAGGCUGAUCCAGCCGGGGCAUCAUCUUCGGUUGACCCACGGUGCAUAGAUAUUGACCCAACCGCGCUGGCUUUCUGCAGCGACAUCUCCUUUAGUGCGCCGUCUCUCCUCGCGUCUGCAGACGGCACCAUGCAGCCAAAUGCGCCGGUCAAUAACGAGGGAGAUCUGCUGGCUCCCGAUGUCGCCGCAGAAGGCUACGAAUGGGCUUUCCAGGGCGUAGAUACAGCGUUUUGGUCAUUAUUGAACGAGAGCGUUGGCUUAGAUGGCUGA